AUGGAUUCAUCGUUUAAAACUGAAGAUGUGAAAAUAUGGUGGAAGUAUGAACAUGGCUCACUUGAAAAUGAUCUAAAACCCCUUGUUAAUGAUGAGGAUGCAACAAUGUUAGCUAUAUGUGCUAAGGAGAUUAAGUGUGAUAUUAAGAUAUAUACAGAGGCGAGAUUAUCUAGUGGUGAGAAGACUUAUAUGGAGAGUGAAGAAGAUAGGAUGCACGAUUUCGAUGAAGACAUGGGUAAAGGUGCUGGUACAUGUAGGGUGGAUACUGGUGAUGGUACAGGUCAAAUGGAUAAUGAUCAAGGGAUACAUAAAGGGUUUACUACAGUUGAGAUGCAAAGAGAACAUGUAAUUGAAGAUGAUUACAUCACAGAUAAGCUUGAUAUUGGGGCAGAUGAUGAUAGUGAUGAUGGUAGGCCUUCAAUGAUAAGCAGGGUUUUGAGAACAACAUCAUUCAGGAUUAAAACUCUAUUUCAGAAGCACAAAUAUGGAAGAAAGUUCUUCAACAAGAAUGCUAAUGCUGAUUGGGUAUCUAGAGUGAUUAUUGACAAGUUGAAGAAUAAUUCAGGUAUGAAAUUAAAUGAAGUUGUAGCAGAUGUAAGAUUAAGGUUUGCUAUAGAAAUUAUUAGAUGUAAGGCUUUCAAAGCAAGGCAGCUAGCUAGAAAGGUUGUUGAAGGGGACUCAGCCAAGCAAUAUAGUAUGUUAUGGUCAGAUGGAGCUGAAUUGAGGAGGGCAUCCAAAGGAAACACAUUUAAGUUGAACAUUCCUGGUUUUCCACCUAGGUUUGAAAGGUGGUGCUUCAUGUCUGAUAAACAAAAGGGACUGGUGAAUGUAUUUGAGGAAGAAUAUCCCGAGUUUGAACACAGAGAUCUCAUAAUGGUUGUAGCAAAGGCAACCUAUUUUGAUGCUCACGAGGAUAAGAUGAAUCAAAUUAAGGAUGUAAGUCCAGAUGCUUUUGGAUGGCUAAAUGUUAUUCCCAAGAAUAAGUGGCGUAAACAUACAUUUCCCUUGUACUUUAAGUGUGAUGUUCUUAUGAACAACCAAAGUGAAUCAUUCAAUGCUACUAUUUUGAUGCAAAGGAAUAAACCUAUAAUUACCAUAUUUGAGUGGAUUAGGAACUAUUUUAUGGCUAGGUUUGCCACUCUUAGGGAGAAGGUUUAA